AUGCCGAAAGCCGCGGCGGGAGCUCGCUAUGACUGGACUAGCGAUGCAGCAGCGGCGGCAACAGCAAGAGCAGCAACAGCAAGAGCUGCAGCAGCGGCGGCAACAGCACGAUUUGAGGCCAGUACCAACGAAAUGCUGCGAAAAUCUACCCCCAAAGGCCUGGCGUCUCCCCGCUGCCUCACGGCGAGUCUGCUGCCCGCUGAAGUGUAUACUCCCUGCAGCAGCAGCGGCAAACCGAAUGGCGUUGUGCAACAGCAGCAGCAAUAUCGCCCCCCCCAGGAAGCCUCCCUUCCCCUUCAUCAGCAACAACUGCUAACACACACCGCCUGCAUGCAUUCCCCUCAGCUUGAGAAGGGGGCUCAGCAGCAGCUCCGGCCGCAUGUCGCACAGUACGCACCACGCAGCCUGCGCGCAAGGCAGACACUCGAGGAUCUCAGCGGCACCUUAGCAGCCGCAGCAGCAGCAACAACGACUACAACAACGGAGCCAGCAGACAACACAGCAGACCUCGAUGCAAAAGAGGCCCUCUGCGCAGCGCCGACUGCGGAAGCACGCCAGACGCGAUGGCAGCAGCAGCAGCAGCAGAGGACGUGGCAACGCAAAUUCACGAGCCGAGGUAACGCUCAACAGGCUUCCAUGCCGCCUUACUUGUCUGCCAGCUGCUCUCCAGCAGCAGCAGCUUCGGCAAGAGCAGAGCCCUCUCCGAAACGCGGGGGGAGGAGGUGCUGCAGUCCUCUUGGAGUUCCCCAGGCUUCGUUGCAUCUCUUAGACUUUGGUGGGAGCUGCUCAGCGACCGCUGCAUCAAGUUUGGGAAAAAGCAGAAAGGCUUUGCUCACCAGACACUCAAAAGCAGCAGCGGCAGCUGUCGCGGCAGCUGCCCGGCUGAAACUAGGCCCUUCUGGAGGCGUUUCCAAGUGGCAAACUGUUCCUGAUGGGGAGCUCUAUGUUUCUCGAUGCAGAUUGAAGGACCGCCUGCAGCAACACGAGCAGCAGCAACACGAGCAGCAGCAACAACAACAGCAACACGAGCAGCAGCAGCAGGGAGUUAAAAGCCCCGCCAGCCUCAACGGUGCAGCAGCACGCACUCCGGACGUGGUGCGUUGUCGUGGGGGCAGCAGUUCCACGAGCAGGGGUGUUAGCAGCAGCAGCGGGAACCGUACCCGGCAGAAUGCUUGUACGUUCCAGCGUCGGGAGGCAGCAGCAACGCCAGCAGCCUCUGCAGCAGCAGGCUUGUGUGCUCAGCCCCUCAAGCCGCGAUUGCGGCAGCAGGCACGGGGAGUCAGAAGGCCUGCUGGAAUUCGCCGCCAGUCACUGGAAGCAGCAGCUUCGUGA